AUGAUUAAUAAAUCCCAUUCCUCCGCAUUAUUAUAUUUCUCGCUGACAUCGUUGGCAUCAAUAACAUAUCAGCAUCUUUGUCUAAUCAAAACCGCUAUCCAGCAGACAACAGAUUCCCUUACUCUUGUGAUAGAUAUUCUAGAUAUUGACGAAUAUCGAAAUACAUGGACACCAAUACAUGACUUGUUGUCGACGUUGUAUGUAGAGGCAGCUAAAUACUGCAAUGAAAUUGACAAAACAUUAUUUGAUCUAAAUAUCGUAUUUGGCGGAUGGUGUGGAUAUGAUGUCGGAAUUGACGAUACAUACGAAGUGUUAUUUGGGCACAUGGAGGAUCAGAACUAUCUAUUAAACAUUAACAUGCGUCGAAAACAGUCAUUCCUUCCUGAAAUUCCAAUCCAUUUAAUCGCUUGUUCACCUGUACACACGCAAGUGAUAAAUAUUGAUCAAAGAAGCGUUGCUACCAAAACGUAUAACGUUGUAGCAGUCGGCGGGACAUUUGAUCACUUGCAUUCGGGACAUAAAAUAUUAUUGACCAUGAGCGUAUGGAUUACAAAGAAGAAACUCAUAUGUGGAGUAACGGGAGAGAAUAUGCUAACUAACAAGAAAUACAGGGAAGUCAUGGAGUCACUUGAUACGCGGAUCGAAAACGUACAAAAGUUCCUAAAUAAAAUAAAAAGAGGGCUUACAUAUGAGGUGGUUCCAAUAUAUGACAUCUAUGGCCCAACAGCUACGGAUCCAGAAAUAGAAGCAUUGGUAGUGUCUAAAGAGACACUAGAGGGAGCUAAUUUAAUCAACAAAGAGCGCGCUCUCAAUGCACUUCCUCCACUUGAAUUUGCUGUCAUUGAGGUGAUCUCAUCAACAAGCACUACGCUGAAGGACGAAGACUUAAAGAAUCUAAAACUGAGUUCUACCUUUCUCAGAGAAUAUAUAUUUAACAAGAAUGAAGGCAAAUAG